AUGGCUGCGCCCGACACCUCCAACUUGACCACGUCUUCUCAAGUCUUCGAGACCUACACGCUCCCCCAGAUCCGCGCGAUCCACAAGUCGCUCCAUGUCCAGAUCGACGAGAAGGCUGCGCGCCUGCGCACACAGGUCGGCAACAGCUACCGUGAGCUGCUGGGAACCGCCGAUACCAUUGUGCAGAUGCGCCAGGAUAUGAGCAAUGUGCAGCACUCGUUGGGGCGCAUGGGCGGUACGUGCGGACGCACUGUCGUAGAAGGCAAGGUGACUGGGCUGGGCAGGUUCCGCGGUCGCGAAGCUGUCGAGACGGAGAUGGGGGAGGUUGCUAGGGUGAAGCUGCUGGAAGCCUCUGCGUUGGCUGUGGCACGGCUGUUGAGAGGCGGCAAGGAGGGCAGAGGCGAGAGACUGGUCCUUGCGGCCAAGGUCCUCGUCUUGAUCCGUCUCUUGAUCGCGAGCUUUGGCACAUUGACCACAGUGGAUCACAGCCUUCGGGUCUCAAUUGAGGCCGCAAAGAAGACGCAGCGAGCUUUGAAGAGCAGACUGCUGCGAGGCAUUGGGAAGAUCCUUGACAACAUCAGUAGCGAGGUCCAGCAAAGCGACAUCUUGAAGGCACUAUGCGCCUAUAGUCUGACAGAGAAUUAUGGGGCAAAAGACGUGCUGCAGCACUUCCUGCGUGUCAGAGCAGAGGCAAUGGUGCUCGAGUUCGAUAUCGAGGAGCACGAGAGGGACAGGGGUACGGCAAAUGUCCUGCGAGGCCUGGAUCUGUAUACACGAACUCUCUUGGACGUCCAAGCAUUGGUCCCAUCGAAGCUUGCCGACGCUCUUGCCAGCCUCAAGAAGAUCCCAUUGCUGACCGACGAGUCACUAAGGACACUCGAAGGUCUGCGCCUGGACGUCUACGAAAAGUGGUGUGGAGAAGAUAUCCAAUAUUUCACCCCUUUCAUACGCCAUGACGACCUGGAUGGCAAGCAAGCCAAGUCAAUGCUCACGAAUUGGGCCAAGAAAGGAGGCGAGACUCUUCUCGAAGGACUCACCAAGACGCUCGGCCACGUGACUGAGUUCAAGGCGAUUGUGGAUUUGCGGACAAGCGUGUUGCAACACUGGAUAAGGGAUGGCGGAAAGGCAAGAGGCUUUGAUCCGUCGGUCAUGCUCGAUGGUCUGAGAAGUUCCAUCAACACACGAUUGCUCGACGUGAUAGAUACCAAAGUCUCCAAACUCCGCCUUGUCGGUUCCGAGGUCGCAGCUACCCUUGGCACAUGGCAAUCUGCAACAUCCGGUGUAUACCAAAGCCUAUGGGAUGAGCAGAUGCUAGAAAUGGAUGUAGCAAGUGGUGCACCGCAAGUCACUCACGAAGUUCUAUCCCGUCUAUAUGGCAAGAAUGACGUAGUGUCUCGGGCGGUCACAAGCUACGAAUCCUGGUAUCAUCUCAUUGACGAUGUUGGAGAAGUCGUCGAGCAGCUGCGACGUCAAAGAUGGGACAACGAUGUGGAAGAAAUCGAGGACGAGGAGACGAUUGAGGCUCGUCAAGAGCUUCUCAGCAAAAACGACCCAAAGGCAAUCGAGAUUCAACUGAACAAGGCUCUAUCUAAAGCUUACCAAAGCCUGGACGAACAAGUCAGCGAGGUCUGGGCCCAGCACAAGGAGGGUGCUAAUAAUGGCGAAAUCGCCAUGUAUCUGCUGAGAGUCGUGAGAAGCAUUCGCGGCCAGUUGCCAAAACUUGAGACCGUCAAGGCGUUUGGCCUGAACAGUGUCUCCUCUCUACACGAGUCAAUAGUGGCACAUGUUGUGGCGGCUCCUCUUGAGCAGUUCACUAGCAGCGCCCUGACCAAGGCAAAAGUCACUGGCCGAGGACUUUGGGAAGGCGAACCUGCUCUGCCCUCCCAACCAUCACCCGGUUCCUUCAGGCUGCUGCGCAAUCUAGUCACAUCCAUGAGCGACGCAGGUUUAGAUCUAUGGAGCCCGGCGGCUGUUGCUUUGCUAAAGCAAACGUUUGGUGCUCGGCUGAGUGACGCGUGGCGAAGCAAGCUGGAGGCAACAGCAAAGCCUCAAGAUGUUAACACUUCGUCAGACGGGGCGGGCGACGACGAUGAGGACCGUGCAGAACAGAAGGCUGAAGAAGAAGUCAAACAAAACUCUACGGAGUCUGAUGGAAACAAGGAUCUCCUAGUACAGUGGCUGUACGAUAUCUACCUACUCCAAGUCUAUCUAGGCACUCCCCAGGACGCUAAUGAGAGUUGCGCAAAGUUGGCUGAGGAGGUCUUUGAAAAGACCGGCCUCCAGAAGGGAGCCAAAGAGCGCAUGAUCAAGACAUCACAGGACUACUGGAAGAGAACAAGCCUCCUGUUUGGACUUCUUGCAUGA